ACAUUGCAUGCUGGCCGGCAAACUCAACUGGGCAACCCUGAAAAAAAUUCUUAGCUCAUCAACAAAACAAAGCUCAAUAGUUUACAAUAUUUACAAAUUACAAGCUAGCUGUGUGGAAUAUUUUUGUAUUUUUUUGUAAUUUUAUGAUUUUCACUAGUUCAUGAUUAGACGUGCUUUAUCAUCCCACCAUCGCGAUAAAGAGAGUAAAUUUGGGAGGGGGUAUGAGCCCUUGUUGCCCAGUGAAAGUCACGAAUCUUUACCAGUUGGUGACAAUUCCUCGUCUUUCAAUUACACCCAAGAGGAGGACAAUAUUCGAAGGAAAAUGCAAAAUCAACUGGGGUUUUGCAAUGGGAGUAGUUUCAGAAUAAUUAAUGUGGGAGAUGGUUCCAGUAUGGAGGUGGUUGGAAACAAAUUGAUGACCAGACCCAGGUCUGAAGACCCUGACAAAAUAAAUUUCCAACUUUUUAACUGCACUACCACAGCCAGUGGCCAUUUCGAAAUAAGCUCUCAUUACCAGAAGCCAGGAGCAAUUGCCAAAAUGGUGUGGGAUUUUUUACCACAUCGUGGUACUUUAAUACAAAAGAGACAAACAAAAUCGGCUAGAGGAAAUCAAAAUUGGGCGUCUGAAACCGUGCCUGGAAAGGAAGCUUCAUACUUUUUGAUUAAAGCUCCUGAGGGAACUCACUGCCUUCAAAACAUGGGAGUUGAGAAACAGAUUAUGGUGGUUGAGAAGAAUGCAACGGCAAUUGCAAAUACCAUGACCCAAUGGAAACUUGAAUCAGUGCAGCCACGCCUAUGACAUUAUUUAAACAAGUGUAUUUGAGAAUUUCGUCAAAGUGAUAUUUUUGUACUAGUUAAACCCUUCGAGUUGUUGCCGUCAGUAUUUUAAUUAAAAAGCGCAUUGUCAUAAUGGUGCUCUUCCCUAGUGCUGCAUAUUACUUAUGUACUUAAGAUUAUCAAACUUUUAUAUUGCAAACACACAAAAAUAAACCAAUUAUUACACAUCAUA